GCACCGCAGGUAGGGCAGGAGGCUGGAGCGCCUGCUGCCCGCCCGCCCGUAAAAUGGUCACUUCGGCUGGACAGCUCGCCCUGUUCGCGCUGGGUAUCCUGUUGGCUGUGUGCCAAGCCCUAGAGAACAGCACGUCCCCGCUGAGUGAACCGCCCGUGGCUGCCGCAGUGGUGUCACAUUUUAAUGACUGCCCAGAUUCGCACACUCAGUUCUGCUUCCAUGGAACCUGCAGGUUUUUGGUGCAGGAGGACAAGCCAGCAUGUGUCUGCCAUUCUGGGUACGUCGGUGCACGUUGUGAGCACGCAGACCUCCUGGCCGUGGUGGCCGCCAGCCAGAAGAAGCAGGCCAUCACAGCCUUGGUGGUGGUCUCCAUCGUGGCCUUGGCUGUCCUCAUCAUCACCUGUGUGCUAAUACACUGCUGCCAGGUCCGCAAACACUGUGAGUGGUGCCGGGCCCUAGUCUGCCGGCACGAGAAGCCCAGCGCCCUCCUGAAGGGAAGGACCACAUGCUGCCACUCAGAAACAGUGGUCUGAAGAGCCCAGAGGAGGAGUUUGGCCAGUUGGACCGCAGCAGCCCGAUGAAGAAAGGCCAUCAAGCCAGCACCACCGGGGAUGCAUGGACGUGCUGCAGAACUUCCCUAUCUUGCCUGCGAUCACCUGUGCAGCCUUUUUGUCUUUUGUGGGCCUUCAAAACUCUGUCAAGAACUCUGUCUGCGUGGGGUUAUUCGGUGUGACCUAAAGAACAAAUCAUGGACCACGAUUUAAAGACUGGUCAAAAAGAACCACAGAGGGUGGACUCCUGCUUACCUAGAUAAGCUGUGUGCAUCGGCCGGUGUCUGAGUCGGGUGUGUGCAGCUGACUCCUGCCAAUCACGGAUUCCGGGCUCUUAAUUUCUCUUUAAUGGGCCACCUUCCUACAACAGAAUCCUGCCCAACACUAGAGAUUCCUAAAGUUGUUAUAGUUAUCUCUCAGAUGCUUAUUGGGGAAGAAAGUGGAGAAGGGGAAACUGCUUUUUGUUGCGUGAAGACACCAAGUUUAAGAGGAGCUGUGUCCUCUUACCAUGAGCCCCUCAACCAGCCUGACAUCUUCUGCAGACACACGGUGUUGAAGACCUUCUCUUGUUGUCACCACCCUUGGAGAUAAUUUCUUAUUUAUUAGAUGCAUAAUGGUCCUGUUUUUAAUCUCUUAAUGUAAAAAGCAUAAACCCGUUCAGACUU